AAUCAAUCUGGUUCCAUUCACACACUUCUAGUUGCGGUGAUGUGGCUAGCCAGCUAGCUAGCUGCCAAACCAGUUGUACAGUGUAUAGAGAAUGGAACCCUCUCAGGUUGCUCGCAUUUUAAUUAACUUGCUCUGGCUGGUAUUUAUUUUUGCUAAAAGCGAAGGACGUGAACUAGACACAAACGUUGUUACAUGUGGAUCUCUCGUGAAACUACUGAACACCAGGCACAACGUCAGACUCCAUUCUCAUGAUGUGAAAUACGGAUCAGGUAGCGGUCAGCAGUCUGUGACGGGAGUCGAUAGCGCAGAUGAUUCGAACAGUUACUGGAGGAUCCGUGGGAAGCCCAAUAUCCUCUGUCAGCGCGGGUCUCCCGUCCAGUGUGGUCAACAAAUCCGAAUCACUCAUAUGACAACUGGGCGCAAUCUUCACUCUCAUCAUUUCAGUUCUCCUCUGUCAAACAACCAGGAAGUGAGUGCCUUUGGGGAGGUUGGUGAAGGAGAUGACCUGGAUGUGUGGAGUGUGCAAUGUGGAGGCACCUACUGGGAUCGGGAUGAUUCGGUACGUUUCAAACACGUGGGCACAGACGCUUUCCUGAGCGUGACUGGAGAGCAGUACGGCCACCCCAUACGAGGGCAGAGAGAGGUGCAUGGUAUGCACUCCCCCAAUCAUCACAACUACUGGAAGGUCAUGGAGGGUGUAUUUAUUCAGCCUAGCAAUGAGCCGCUCCGACAUGAUGAGCUCUAACAACGUCAUAGACUGUACAGUUACACCAGGAAUAGGACACCUGUGGAUUACUUUGUCCCUUUGCGUGUGUGUGUGUGUGUGUGUGUGUGUGCGCGUGCACGCCUGUGCCUGUGUUUGUGAGAGGAUGACUGAGUGCAUCUGCAAGAGACUAAGUGAAGUAUGUGUGUUUUGUGUUGGUUGUGUAGGUUUGCUUCGUCCAAAUUUAUGUUGGGAUUGCGUGUCUUGUCCACUUUUAUAUGUCAGAAUGUAUGGUUUUGGUGAUAUUUGAGUUAAUUUAAGUUUUUCAUUGAGACAGAUUUAGCUAUAGGUGAAAAAAUUAAAUAUUCAGAGUCCAAGGCAGACCUCCACAAUCUCCACAGACUAGCAAAGAUCAGGGUAUACAAUUCUGGGGUGGUUAGAUCCUGGGACAUCGAAAAGGGAGGUAGUUUCAAAUGGGUAUUCUGGUGUCUUCAUCCCUGGUUGGACUGUUUAACCACAAUAUUUGUUUGUCUUCUUAGCCCAAAUGCACAAUAAAUAUUUGGUUGAAAUAAA